AUGAACCAACACUUGGACUCCCUCCUUGUCCUUGCUGGGCCCUUCCCUAAGCCCGCCCAUGGUCUCCCAUCCAGCUUGAGACUGUGUCUCAAGUAUACCCAGACCUGGGCUCCCAGCAGUGUAAAAGCAGAAGAGGAGAAAGAAGGUGCUGCUCGGGCUAGUGCUAUCUUGUCCUCCUCCAACCUGCAGCCCAGAACACUGAUUCCAGCAGUGCCUUACCGCGCUGUCCGAAGAUUCACCACGGUGAAAAUUGCUUUCAAUACACCCACAGCAGUGCAAAAAGAGGAGGCGCAGCAAGACGUGGAGGCCCUUAUAAGCUGCAUGGUCCAAGCUCAGAUCCUGACCAGCAAGGAACUCUGAGUUGCCACCAAGGAAAAAGCAGGUUCCUCUGGGAGAUGUAUGCUUACUCUCUUAAGCCUUUCAUUCAUCUUGGCAGGACUUAUUGUUGGUGGAGCCUGUAUUUACAAGUACUUCAUGCUGAAGAGUACCAUCUACCCUGGAGAAAUGUGCUUCUUUGAUUCCGAGGCUCCUGCAAAUUCCCUCCAAGGAAAGGAACCCUACUUUCUGCCUGUGAUGAAAGAGGUUGACAUUUGUGAGGAGGACAACAUUGCAAUCAUUGAUGUGCCUGUCCCCAGAUUCUCUGAUAGUAACACUGCAGCAAUUAUUCACGACUUCGAAAAUGGCAUGACUGCUUACCUGGACUUGCUGCUAGGGAACUGCUAUCUGAUGCCUCUAAAUACCUCCACUGUUAUGCCUCCAAAGAAUCUGGUGGAGCUCUUUGGCAGACUGGCAGUAUGCUUUAAAAAAAAAUUGAGUGGCAAAUAGCUGCUUCACAUUUAUGUGGUUCAUGAAGAUCUGGUUGCUGUAGAAGAAAUUCAUGAUGUUAGUAACCUUUGUAUAUUUGUUUACCAACUUUACAACAAUCACAAGUCCUUCUGUCUUCAUAGAAGAGACCUGUUGCAGGGUUUCAACAAACGUGCCAUUGAUAAGUGCUGGAGACUGAGAUCUGUUAAGAGUAAAAGUCAACAAGAAAUGAGCAUAUUUAAUAAUAGGAUCAGAGAUUUACUAUAUGACUUCAACAUUAAAUUCAAAACGGGUCAUAAAGCAGUGGAGACAACUCGCAGCAUCAAUAGUGCAUUUAACCCAAGAACUGCUAAAAAGCCUACAAUGCAGCAGUGGUUCAAGAAGUUUUACAGAAGACACAAGAGCUUUGAAAAUGAGGAGAGCAUUGGCCGGUCAUCAGAAGUUGACAAUAACCAGUUGAGAGGCUCACUGAAGCUGAUCCUCUUACAACUACACGGGAAGUUGACGAUGAACUCAACCUCAACCAUUCUACAGUUGUUCAUCAUUUGA